AUGUUUCCGGCUGCCUUCUUCGUGUUUCUAAAAGCGGCUCUUCUAGUCUCUUCAAGUGCAAGUAGCUGCGAAGGAGAUAAGUAUGAAUCUGAAGAGUGGUACAUAGAGCGUUGUGAACUUGUUGGCACUGUUGACGUGGGAAUAUACAUAAUGGUGGAUACAGCCUACGGGAAACUGCUUAAAAAUAGCCAUUCUGACGUCGUAUCGUACCUCAAAGUGCUCGUCAACAACGUAGAGGCUUAUUUCUGGAACUUCAAGUGCCCUGAUGUUAAAUUGUCUCUUCUUGGAGUAAAGGAGUUAACGGAAGAGGAAGAACAUGUUUUCAAGAAAUACAAGACAUUCAAAAACGAGUCAAAGAAACAGCUAGACCCCGUUUUUACAUUGGCUAUGUUUAACCGCUGGGUAAAUAAGACAAAUCAAUGCGAACGCGCUGAUGUUGUCUAUCUACUAACAAGUGAUCCCAUUCGUGAUUUUUUGGGAGCAUACAGACUAGAAAUGAAAGCGCAAUAUAUUGCAUCUGCAUCUUAUUUCCUCGGACCAUGUGAUCAGCGGCGAGCUGCAUUGUCAACAGACGAUGGGCGAUCGUUUACUGGAGUUUCUGGUAUGGUACAGCAAAUGGCGCGACUGUUUGGAAUAAAGUGGGACGAUUUGAGGUCACCAGCCAAGCCAUGCUCCACUGACACUGGUUACGUCAUGAGUAAAAACGGCGAGUCUACUAAACUGUCGAAUUUCUCCUGCUGCUCUUAUGACGAAUGGAAAUUCAACUACAUUCAAGGAUAUAAGAAAGAAGAUUGCUUCAAUCGUUCUCACAAGUCAAUGAGAUUUGAAAACGACAAACUUCCCGCGGAUUUCUACACUGCUUCUGAAUACUGCAAGAUAUUUUCUGGGCUCGAAAAAGCCAAUACAUGCUCUAAUAUUGUCGACAUUCCACAGUUACGGUCGGACCUUGGGAGAAAUGCAGAUGACGCCGAAUGCCAGCGUCAAUGCUGCAUUAACCAAACGCAUUUAACUAUUAACUCGCCCGACGGAAUGAAAUGCGGCGACGAAAAGGUUUGCAUUCAUGGAUCUUGCGUCUCAAAAAAAAUCAGACGCACGCAAUCGAAUAGUAGGGCAAGUGAUGACCCACAAGACCUCUGUUGA